CUUUACAUCGCAUUACUGGCUAAAUUAAUGUUUAAGUGUAUUUGAUAUUUUAUCGGCCUUGCCCAUCGUCAUGUUCGAGGUGGUCGGGUGGGCAUAUAGGGUUCUCUGGGCUGUACUAGCGGUCCUCGUAUUAUACCUACUCCGGGUCAACCAGCUUCUAAGCCAGACACCGGAUGAGGUCAGGCAGCUGUCGGGUUCACGUUGGACGAUAGAUCAGCUGAAUGAGACUUAUAGGCGGUUGCAGGAAAGACCAAUUGACUAUACUACCAAAAUUCCGCCGAAACUAGAGCGUCGCUACAUCGUGACAGGAGGUUCGGGGCUCGUGGGUGGUUUCGUCGUGCUCCAGCUUCUAGCUCGUGGUAACCUACCAGAGAGUAUCCGAAUUAUUGAUAUUCGGAAGACCGAGCGUAAUGAUAUGCGCUCCAGACCGGCUACAGAGGUCGAAUUUGUAAAAACAGACAUCACGUCAUCUGAUUCUGUUGAUGCUGCUUUUGCGCGUCCAUGGAAUCCCAGCGUUGCUCAUCUACCGCUGACAGUAUUCCACACUGCCGCGGUGAUCCUAGCUUCCGAACGGUCUAAAUUUCAGUACGCAUUCCCAGAAGCCGUCAACGUGAUAGGGACGAAGAACGUGCUAGCGGCCGCCCGUAGAGCCGGUGCGGAUAUUUUCAGCUCCACGUCAUCGGGAUCCAUAUCUAUUCGUCCUGUCGAACCGUUUGUAUUCCCAUGGGCAAGCUCGCCACGAAACUUUUGGCAGGUUCUGGAUGUAGACGACUUUAACGCGCCUUUGAGAGAACGUGAGGAAUACUUCGCCAACUACCCUGCUUCGAAAGCGAUCGCAGAAAGAUUUGUCUGCGAUUCGAACGACGAGAAAUUUCGCACCGGUUGCAUUCGUCCUGCGAAUGGCGUCUACGGACACCCGACAGAUAAUACCGUCGGGGAUCCUCUUGGGAGAACGGUCUUACCUAGUUGGGUGUCCCAUAUCGUACAGAGCUUUGUACACGGCGCGAAUGUAUCUAUCGCGCACCUACAGCAUGAGGCAGCGCUCGCUCGGCCUUGGAUAGAGAGCUCUAGACAGGCGGGUCGGCCGUUCGUAGUAACAGAUCCCAACCCACCAAUCACGUACAGUGAUCUGUAUCACGCGAUCGAGACCCUUUCGGUGCACCCAUUUCGCGUUAUCAAGGUGCCACCCGUCGUCAUGCUUCUCCUCUCGCAUGCGGUAGAGAUGUAUGCCGAAUUACCUUAUAAGUAUCCGCUUUUACGCAAAGUACUACCUGAGCUUAAAAGUGAUAUCAAACACCUCAAGCCGGGGAUUUUCUCGAUAUGCACUCAUCUAAUCGCAUCGAAUGACGAGAUCGGGAAGCCGGUUUCUCAAGGUGGUUUGGGAUAUACCGGCGUACUCACCACGCUAGAGGGGAUGGCGUUAGAGAUCCUAGAAUGGAAUAAAGAGCAUGUCGAUGAUGUCAAGAUGAGAAAGGCCUACACAACGUCAGUCUCCCUAGCAGAACAAAUUCGGGAACACUGGUUAGUGCGAGGUGGUUCUAUCUCUAGUUGGCAAUGAUAUGCAAUCUUAUCGACGCGAUGACAAAUGCGAAUAUACGCACUCAUUCCGUCGUUUUGCAUAUUGAAGAUAUUUCCUAUUAUAAUGGUGAAGAUAAUUCAGCGUAUUCCAUCUGUGCGGUGGCUCUGCAUGUGUCAAGUUCUGUGAGCAACACCAGGAUUUCUGACACUGAUUAUGCGCAUAGUGAUCUACCCAGGAGGUAGGUAGCUAACGCAUAACCUUUGCAAUCCGUAAAUCGCAAGGUUGUUAACAUUGGAAUUGUGCUUGCGAAUAUAUUAUCUGCAUUGUAACAGCCAUCCAUUCUCGGCAUAGAUAUUCGAAAAAUUGAUGGUUCUGAAGUGGAAGUAACCAGCCCCGAGGGGGUCAUAUGCAAAGGGACUUUGCAUCAUUUCAAUUGGAGGUUUUCGUCAUUGAUGUUCUUUGUUGGUUUGGUUUGCCUCAUGUUUCUGCCCCUUUGCUGGCUUUCGCAAUUGGCCUUAAUUUUUGCUCCGCCCUUUUCUCUAUGAAAAUAACUUUCGAUUUGCGGUGGAUAGGCAAGAUUAUGUCUCUCUAUAUCCAUAGGAUCUUCGAUCGGUCUAGAUAACCCCGGAUUUGGGAGUCGAUGAUGGAUAAGUUUGCAACUUUUCAUUCCUCGCCUAGUCUUAAAAAGGGACCCAACAAAUCAAAGAUGCCACUGGAUUUGAAAGGUUCAAGUGGUGCGCAUUG